CCCUCCCCUUGGAUUGGGUAUUUAAGUUGGGGCCAAGCAGUACUCAGAGUAUCAGCUCAUACAAGGGAACAACUCACCUCUACCACGUUGUUCUCUUAACAUUACAGCAUCACAAUGAGCUUUGGGGUUUUUGCAUCACCCGGAGUGAAUCGGGCCCGCAGUGUGGCAGGAGGUGCCUCAACUGUCCGCAUGUCAUCGGCUAACAUGACCAGCUCAGCCUUUGCAGCAUCCCCAGCCUUCGAAGUUGGUGUCACCAGCAACAAUGGCAAGGAGACCAUGCAGAACUUGAAUGAUCGUCUGUCCAACUACCUGGAGCGAGUCCGUUCCCUGGAGCUAGCCAACCAUGAACUGGAGCGGAAGAUCCGAGAGUACCUUGACAAGAAAGCAGCAGUUGGCUCCAUGGAUGUUAGUGGUUACUAUAAAACCAUCAACUUACUGCGCUCCCAGAUCAAUGAUGCAACCAUUGACAAUACCAGGCUGGUCCUCAGUAUAGAUAAUGCCAAGCUGGCAGCUGAUGACUUCAAAAUCAAGUAUGAGUCAGAGUUGGCCAUUAGGACUGGAGCAGAAAGUGACAUUGCCGGACUGCGCAGAGUCCUUGAUGAGCUGACCCUCAAUAAAACAGACCUGGAGUUGGACAUUGAAAGUCUGAAGGAAGAGCUGAUCUACCUAAAGAAGAGUCAUGAAGAGGAACUUGCUGUCGUUCGUAGCAGUGCUAAAGGCAACGUGGACGUACAGGUAGAUUCUGCUCCUCCUGUGGACCUGGCACAGAUCAUGACUGAUGUGAGGGCUCAGUAUGAAAGUAUGAUGGAGAAGAACCGCCAGGAGGUGGAAGCCUGGUACAGAGGACAGAGUGAAAAUCUCAACAAAGAAGUUGCCAUCAACACAACUGCUCUCCAGACAUCUAAGUCAGAAAUUACAGACCUGAAACGCACAAUACAGAGCCUGGAAAUUGAACUUCAGUCUCUCUUGAGCAUGAAAAACGCACUGGAAGGCACUUUGGCAGAAACUGAGGCCCGCUACGGAUCUGAGCUCAACCAUCUUCAGGCGAUGAUCACGCAAGUGGAAUUGGAGAUGCAAAACUUACGGUCAGAUGCCGAGCGCCAGUCUUUUGAGUAUAAGUUGUUGCUAGAUAUCAAGACAAGACUGGAAAUGGAAAUUGCCACCUACAGACGCCUGCUGGAAGGAGAAGACAACAGGUUUUCUCAGACUGAAACACAGAAAGAUGUCACCAUCAUCAGUAAAGAGCAAACCAAAAGUUCCAUCAAAAAGGUGAAGACAGUGAUUGAAGAAGUUGUCGACGGGAAAGUGGUCUCUUCUAGAGUUGAGGAAAUGACUGAGAAAUUGUAAAAGAGAAUCCUGAGAUUUCAGAGCGUUCACCUGAGGAAGGGCAACAGAAGAGUUGAAGACGACUAAGACGUUUUCUUGCAAAAUAUUGCCAACUAUAGCUACGUUCAUAAUAUGACAAAAGAGACAGUAAAGAAAAAUAAAUGUCAGUUGGUGAUGCAAAAUGCAGCAAAUGUUUGUUUAACUCUUCUUUAGGGACAAUGCAUUGAAAUAAAGAAUAUUAAGUGAAAA